AUGCGUGAACUUGGGUGGCGACCCGAACAACUGUGGAACAUGCAAAAACAUUUGUCCUUCGGCGAACCCAAAUUGUUGUCUCGGAAAAUGUGUGAAUCUCAGCACCGAUCCGAAGAACUGUGGAUCGUGCACGUUUACUGUGUUGCCCAUUGGCGACACCGUCUUGUUGUGAUAACGUCUGUACGAACAUCAAUACUGAUCCAAACAACUGUGGAAAAUGUGGCCAGCACUGCUCCGGAACAUGCGCUGCCGCGAAAUGCAAUUGUCCAGCUCCGGAUCCACUCUGUCCUGCGACUGGAGACUGCUGCCCGGCCGGUCAUCUGUUUGCAAGCUUUUACUGAUGAAUACUGA